AAACAGUAGCGUCGCGUCAUCGCUUUUCGGCACACGCAUCCUCGAUCCUCGCCCGUAUCUACCUGCCUCACUCUUUUUUUUUGUUUUUUUCGCGAUCCGUGGACGACGGGACAGCCCGAGCUCGGAGAUCAGUCGAUCGGACGAUACGACGAAGAGAAUCGAGAAAUUACGCGCGGUAAUUAAGCUGUUGAAUCAUGGCGCGUACCAAGCAGACGGCCCGUAAGUCAACGGGAGGUAAAGCCCCCCGUAAGCAGCUCGCGACCAAAGCCGCGAGGAAGAGCGCGCCGUCCACCGGUGGCGUGAAGAAGCCGCAUCGCUACAGGCCCGGUACCGUGGCGCUUCGAGAAAUUCGAAGAUACCAGAAGUCGACCGAGCUGCUGAUCAGGAAGUUGCCGUUCCAGCGUCUGGUUCGUGAGAUCGCCCAGGACUUCAAGACCGAUCUGCGCUUCCAGAGCGCCGCUAUAGGCGCCCUUCAGGAAGCGUCGGAAGCUUACCUGGUCGGCCUGUUCGAGGACACGAAUUUGUGCGCCAUCCACGCCAAACGUGUCACGAUCAUGCCUAAAGACAUCCAGCUGGCCCGGCGAAUCCGCGGCGAGCGUGCUUAAGAGACGCUAUGUAACUCGCAUACAUACCGUUCACUGCGAUCAUUAUUAUUAAUUAUUAUUAUUAUUAAUUACCGUUCGCAAUCGUCGUGGAUGAAGCACUUUCAUUCCAAGCUCUAUAUAUUUUUUGUUUUAUUCACAUUAGAGACACGCGCUGUAGCAUUAAUCGCCCUCCGGUGAUUAUCCCCCCCCCCCCUCCCCGCCCCCCUUUCAAAUUACACAGAAUUCGACCUUCGCGAUAUCGCAGUCGUACAGGCA